UUUCUAAAAUCCUUACGGGUUAUAACAAAAUAUUGCUCGCUUUUCAUAAUAUUUAGUGUUACACUAAUCACAAUGAAUUCUUUGUUGUGUUCAUACUUUACGAAAUACCAAAAAUACAUUUUAUGAUAAUUAAAUAAUCGCUAGCAAAUAAUCUUUAACAAAAUAAAAGAUAAAAUAUGUGUAUUUUUCACUUUUUAAUACUAAAAUUAGUUUUAACUCUUUUCUCAAAUACUUUCGCGAACGAAUUGGAAAAUGAAGAUAAAAUGUACUUGCUGGUUUCUCCUGAUCAACACUCGCGAACGCCUCGCUUGGAAGACUUUUUCUGGACAGGAUCUGGAGAUGGACCACCCCCGCCUGACUUAUCCGAGCCAGUGGCCACACCGAGUACACCAAUUGUGCAGACUACGACUGUUCUUGCUACGGUGUACUUGGAUUCAUACCCACCGCAAGCGGUGACCGAUAAGUCAAGCGGGGAGUGUAUCCUGAACUGCGAUGUGACGCCAGAUAGUCUGGAAACUGAAAUCCCAGAAGACAGACGCUACUGGCUUCUAACAGUCAUUCAAGGCUCCACUCCUGACAGCUUACAGUUACGACUUGCCAGGCUAUAUCAAAAAGCAUUUCUAAGGCAACAAGAACGACAUCUGGGUAUAAUUAAAUCUCUAGACGCACCGACGACGAGAAAGAAACACGAAGUUCAUUCAUUCAUCGUUAAUAAAGAUAACAAAUUCAAUGAUAUAAGUACCAAUACCACCAAAACACCACAAAAGAUGUAUGAUAUCCAAAGUUCAAUGGUAAAACUGGAAGAUUUAGCCGUUAACUCAGCGUUAAAAAUGAGAAACGCGGGUAAAAGCGAUGAUUUAGAAGACGUAGAAAUGUUUCUAGCUGAUGACGACGCUCAAUUUACUUCGACCAAAUCUGAAAUAAAACCGACAAAAUUAGCUGAUACUGAAUCUUGGAUACUAGUUACACCAACGAUUAUACGAAAAAGAAGUGUAGAUGAUGUCUUAGAAAGCGAUAAAGAAGAUUUGAUCGAUUUACCGCUUGAAGAGGAACCUAACAAUGGUACAGUGUUAUAUAAAAGGGAAAUCAUUAAACCUGAACAACAACCUCCCGUUCAAGUUCAUAUACAAAAUAUAACCGAGUCGUCGUCGGGCAGCGUGCAGAUCGUGUACGUGGUGCUGGUGGGGGGGCGCGCCGUGCCGGCGGCCGUGGCGGCGCGCGACAUGCGGCUCGUGCGCGACGCCGAGGUGGCGCGCGAGCUGGGCGCCGUCGUCACCACCAAGGCCGAGCCAGCGUACCUGAAGGCUGCCGAGGGUCUGGAGGGCGAGGCGGGGACGGGGGUGCGGGGAGCGGAGCUGUGGGCGCUGGCGGUGGGCUCGGUCGCCGCCCUGCUGCUGGUGCUGGCUCUGCUGCUGCUGCUGUUUGUGGCGCGCAGAAAGAAAUCUAUGAAAUCAGCAGCGUCUCUACGAGCGUACAGAACGGAGAUGAUAAGAGAAGCAGAACGUAAUCAAAUGAAGCAAAUCAACGACGAUAAAGAUGCUAAGUUGGUAAGUGUGGUGUCUCCGAGCAGAACGAGACCCAGCAGCGUCCUGUUGCCUAUUUAUAGAGCCGGCAGUGCAUCGGGUUCGUCAACUUCGUCAUCUGGCGUAUCGGAAGUUGCAGCUGCUUUGAGAAGACGGCAGAAGAAACCCCACGCUUUGAGGAUGCCACAGAAAAAGAGAGUUGGCACAACGGACAGCUUGCUGGAAGCAGCAGGGGUCGACAGCUCUGAUAGCGGUCAGCGAUCAGCUCCGCCGACACCUACCUCAUAUCUCUCUAUGCCUUCAGUCAGUGCUUUCCCCAGGGGAAAUAUGGUAGAACCACUCUCCAAAAUCCUGGAACCGGUUUCCGUGAGACAUCUGGAUAUAGAUUCCCCACCGUCCAGCCCCAAGCAGACCAGACUGGGCCAGGCUAAUGUAGUACCAAGAAGACAAAUGCCAUCACAAUUGGUACGCCUUGGCAGUAUAGAUAAGGAUCCUGGAGUUAUCGGACCUCUGGUGUGGGACUUGCACUGCCAGAGAAUUAAAGAUGUAUCCAAGCCCUCCAGCCCAGCUAGAUCUACAGCCUCAGCUUGUAAAGAACCAUCAUCAUCCAGGAUGAGAAGGCGGUUCAACGAGCUGAUGGAUGACGCCUUCACACUCUUCGGGAGUGCAUCCAGUGCCAAUUCCCACGAGACGUUCACAAUCGAUAAACAAGACAGUCAAGAACAAAAUGUGCUGCAGGCGCGCAACCGCGACGUGCGCGUGCCCCACUCGGCCGGCCCCGGACGCGCGCGCGAGAGUGCGGGCGGCGCGGGCGGCGCGGGAGGCGGGGCCGGCGCCGGC